UCCGGUCUCUCUACUUUCGAGCUGGCCCAGAGACCUUCUUUCCUGUUAUCCAACUAAUUCCAAUCUUUUCACCGUCGCCCCUGCGACUGCCAUUCUCUUGAUUGGUUCCUUCGUUGAACCAGCCACUCUCUUGCGACCCUGACCCGCCGCCCCUCAGUCUAUCCCGGAGAAUUGACGUCCGCUCUUUCGACGAACACUCAGACACACAGACAACAUGGCCUUUCAUCAACAGCCAUCCCAACCUCGCUACGGGCACUGCGACACCUUCUUUGUGGAGUCGGAUCAGGACGGCAUUUACGCCGCCCGUGCCGAAGUCAGGGAACGUGCUCGAGCUAUCGCCCGGAUGCAGCAGCGAGCCAUGGCCGAGGAUCUGUCUAGGGCCACCGCCGAUGAAUAUCAAGACGACAUCAUGGAUCACAUGGAAUACAUGGAGUCUAUCACCCUCCCAGACGUGAACUCCAUCGACAUCCAGACUGAGAUCCAAUGGUUUAUGCGCCCUUACCUGCUCGACUUUCUGGUCGAAGCUCAUGCUGCGUUCCAGCUGCUUCCAGAGACCCUGUUCCUCGCCGUCAAUCUCCUUGAUCGCUACUGCUCCCGCCGUGUCGUCUACAAGCGCCAUUACCAGUUGGUUGGCUGUGCUGCCCUGCUCAUUGCUGCCAAGUACGGUGACAAGAAGGACAGGGUCCCAACUGUCCGGGAGUUGAAGUCCAUGUGUUGCUCGCUGUAUGACGACGAGAUGUUCACGCAGAUGGAGUGGCAUGUACUGCAAACGCUCAACUGGGUGAUUGGACACCCCACCGUCGAUGCGUUUCUGCAGCUUGCCCUUUCCGAUGUCGAGUACGAUGCUGAGGUUGAGAACAUGACGCUGUACAUUGCCGAAAUCGCCCUGUUCCACAAGGAGUUCGUUUCGGUCAAGCCCUCGGUCCUUGCCCGUUCGGCACUUGCUCUGGCAAGGUGCAUCCUCUCCCGCGACCAGGCAAGCAGCUCCGAAUGGGCCGGUGCCUAUGACCCGAAAACCGUCAUGAACCUGUCCAACCACCUGUACCAGCCGUCUCAAGUUCUGUCACGCAAGUAUGGAUCCGUACAUCUCUCAAGCGUGUCUGCAACGGUCGACGAGUUCCUCAUGCGACAAGCCCAGAUUGCUAGGCGAGCUGCUGCUCCGCCUACUCCUCCCGCAAGCAUGACGCUCGAGGAACCCAAGCCCGCUCUCAAUGCCUAUCUCGCGCCUCAGACUCCUCAGAAGCCUCCUUACGGAUCUGUCAUGCAGCACGGAUGCCUCACUCCUCCCAUCACCCCGGAUGGCGAGCAGUAUCCCAAUGUUCUGCAGGCGAAACCCCAACAGCCUCCCACCCAUGUGUACCCUUCCACUCCCAAUCCCGGACAGGUGCACAACGUGCAACAUCCCCAUCAAUACUACCACGCUACCUACCUACACCCUCAGCAUAUCUGAAGUUCUCGAUGCGGCCGCCAACACCCCGAUGUUACCGCUUCAGUAGAGGUCCGGAUAUAUCCUAACCCUUGCUGAAGUUUCUCUGUUUUCCUGUACCAAACCUACCGGUUAUGAGCCCGAUACCGCGCUCAAUCUCGGCAUUGCCUGCGUUCGUGUUUAUCUACUACCAAUACCAAAGAAGUUUUCUGCCUUUCCAGUUUCCUCAGCGAUUUUCCUUUGUCAACUCCUCGAAAUUCCCCCAAAAUCGAUUGUCACUCACAGCCGUUCGUCGCGGUUGUACCUGAUAAUGGUGUAUAUCCUCACGGAGCGCAAGCACAACUACCCUUUCCCACUAAUACGGGUUGUGUCUUGUGUCAUCUGAGGAAAGAGUGGAGGGGCCUGUGUGUGA